AUGGAUAUCGAACCAGGCAAGCGUGACAAGCCCACAGAGGGCGCUGAGGACCCACAGCAUGACGUCGGCAAGAUGGAGGUGGUUGACGACGCCGAGAUGGAGCAGUUCUAUGGCGCUGCCACCUCGGACGCGUACCGGCUCAAGUCGGAGCUGGUCUCGCAGUGCAUGACGGAGAUUGGGAUGGGAUGGUUCCAGUGGAAGGUGUUCGUCGUGACGGGGUUUGGGUUUGUUGUUGAUAACCUGGCGAGCCAAGGAAUAGCGUCUGUUCAGCCGCCCAUCCAGCUCGAGUUCUCCGGUAUCAAGCAGGUCAGUUAUAGUUCUGUGGCAUACUAUGUCGGUCUCAUCCUUGGUGCCUCGUUCUGGGGCAUCUCGUGCGACUUGAUCGGCCGCAAGCCCGCGUUCAACAUCACCCUGGUUGUAGCUGGUGUGUUUCUCUGUGGAGCAGCUGGAACAAUGAAUUUUGUUGCGUUCUGUUCCAUGUGGGCGGUUAUAGGGACUGCCGCUGGUGGAAAUGUACCAGCCAGCUCUCUGAUUUGCCUUGAAUUUCUCCCACCAAGCCACCAGUUCCUCCUCACAGCCCUCAGCGCCUGGUGGAUGUUCGGCCAGCUGGUCGUGUCCCUGCUGGCAUGGGUCUUUCUCGCAAACUUCUCCUGCCCUACAGAUGCCACGCCCGACACCUGCUCCCGGGCUGAGAACAUGGGCUGGAGAUACACCCUCAUAACCCUCGGCGGCCUCGCGCUCGCAUUCACACUCAUCCGCAUCUUCAUCUUCAAAAUGCCCGAAACGCCACGCUACCUGCUCUCCCAAGGCAAAGACCAAGCCGUCGUCGACGCAGUCAACUACGUCGCGCGUCAGAACAGCAAACCCGAGCCACUGACCCUCAGCAUGCUCCAAGCCAUCGACACCCGACUCGGCAUGGCCCCUGCUGCAGCAGAAACUGGUGGCACCGGGCUCUCAACGCUGGAAAUCAUCCACGAAAACAUGAAAGACUUCCGCGGCUCACACUACUCUGCGCUCUUCGCAACACGCAAACUCUCCUUCCACACAGCCCUGAUCUGGGCGAUAUGGCUCGUCAUCGGGGUUGCAUACCCGCUCUACUUCAACUUCCUCCCCUCGUAUCUGGCGACCAGAUUCACCGAGGCUUCGUCCCUCGACCUCACGUAUAGGAACUACUGCAUCCAGUCUGCCGUUGGGAUUGUGGGCCCGCUUUCUGCUGCGGUCCUCGUGAAUACGUUCCUGGGCCGCCGCUGGAUGAUGGGCAUUUCGGCGAUUGUUACCGGUGUUUUCCUCUUUGCCUAUGUCGGUGUCUCUACGCAGGUUGCUAGUUUGGCUUUUACCUGUGUGACUGGAUUACUCGGGAACUUUGAAUACGCCGUCAUGUUCGCAUUCACACCAGAGUCCUUCCCAGCCCCCCAUCGAGGCACAGGAACCGGCACCGCGGCGUCGCUUCUGCGCCUUGGUGGGCUUGUGGCCAGUGUGGUUUCGUCGCAGACGGGGUUCACCACUGCGCCGCUUUAUGCGAGUGCGGCGCUGUGGAUUGCUGUUGGGGUGAUUUGCUUUGGGUUGCCGUUUGAGACGCAUGGGCGGCCUGCUAUUUAA